AUGGCUAGUACCGGGUCCCAGGAACGUCCGUUGCGCGGACGCUUGGCGGUGGUGACCGGAGGCGGAGCGGGCAUCGGCAAGGCGAUAUGCGGUGCUUUAGCCGAGAAAGGCGCGCGACUGAUCGUCGCCGACAUCAAUCUGGCAGCGGCCGAGGCCGUGGCGAACGCUCUAACAGGUGCGAGCGAUGACCAAAAACACGUUGGGAUGCACGUUGACAUUGCUGACUCAUCGUCGGUACAGGCCCUCUUUGCGGCAAUCAGUGAAGUCUGCGGUAAGCCUACUAGCAUUCUGGUGAACUGCGCUGGCAUCCUUCUCUCCUACACUUCGAUUGUUGACACAAACGAAGAUGCCUUCGAUCGAGUCCUCAGCAUCAACCUCAAGGGCACCUUCCUGAUGACCCAAGCUGCCACUCGCGACAUGCUGGCCGGAGGGGUGACGGACGGAGCAGUGGUCAACAUCUCCAGCAUAGUCGCCAAGACGUGCGGCGGACUCUGCAGCUACGUGGCUUCCAAGGCCGCCAUCGUCGGCCUCACCAAAGCGGUGGCCGCCGAACUCGCCGACAGGGGAAUUCGGUGCAACGCCGUGCUUCCCGGAGCCACCCACAACCCAGACAGAAGAGGCUUCUUCACGGAGGAGGCGUGGCGGAGAAUUUUGGCCAGCGUUCCGCUCGGUCGCAAGGCCCAGCCCCGUGAGGUUGCUGACGUGGUCGCUUUUCUCUGCUCGCCCCAAAGUUCUUACAUGACCGGCGCCGCGGUUGAGGUGGCCGGAGGCUGGGAUAUGUGA